CAAACUCUCCCAUUGGGGGCACAGCUAUGGCUCCCGGAGGGAUUCAGUGACUUGUUCUGGUGCCUGACCGUCUUGGUGGUGGUGGGGUGGAGCUUGCCACGCCGGAGAGCAGCCAUGGGCAGCAAGGAAAGAUUCCACUGGCAGAGCCACAACGUCAAACAAAGUGGGGUGGACGACAUGGUCCUUCUCUCCAAAAUCAACGAAGAUGCCAUUGUUGAAAACCUGAAGAAGCGUUUCAUGGACGAUUACAUCUUUACCUAUAUCGGACCAGUCCUGAUCUCCGUCAACCCCUUUAAACAGAUGCCAUACUUCACUGACCGGGAAGUUGAGCUGUACCAAGGAGCGGCUCAGUAUGAAAACCCACCCCACAUCUAUGCGCUGACGGACAACAUGUAUCGCAACAUGCUCAUUGAUGGGGAAAACCAAUGUGUCAUUAUCAGUGGCGAAAGUGGAGCCGGGAAGACAGUGGCCGCCAAAUACAUCAUGGGCUACAUUUCCAAAGUAUCCGGGGGCGGAGAGAAAGUGCAGCACGUUAAAGACAUCAUUCUCCAGUCUAACCCAUUGCUCGAAGCCUUUGGCAACGCAAAGACUGUCCGGAACAACAACUCCAGCCGAUUUGGAAAGUAUUUUGAGAUCCAGUUCAGUCGAGGGGGUGAGCCGGAUGGAGGGAAGAUCUCCAACUUCUUGCUGGAAAAAUCCCGGGUGGUAAGCCAGAACACGAACGAACGGAACUUCCACAUUUACUACCAGCUCAUCGAAGGAGCCGUACAGGAACAGAAACACAACCUGGGUCUUAUGAAUCCCGACUAUUACUAUUACCUAAGCCAGUCAGAAACAUACAAAGUAGACGGCACAGACGACAAAAGCGAGUUCCAGGAGACCAUGAACGCUAUGGAUGUGAUCGGCAUCUCAGGUCAAGAUAAGCAGCUCGUUCUACAAAUUGUGGCCGGCAUCCUUCAUCUUGGUAACAUUGGAUUCCAGGAACAAGGCAACUAUGCCCAGGUGGAAACUCCCGACACCCUCGCUUUUCCUGCCUACUUGUUGGGGAUUGACAAGACCCGCCUUGAAGAGAAGCUGACGAGUAGGAAGAUGGACAGCAAAUGGGGAGGUCGCUCGGAGUCCAUCAACGUGACUCUCAACGUUGAGCAAGCGGCCUAUACCCGUGAUGCCCUUGCUAAGGGCCUCUAUGCUCGUGUCUUUGACUUCCUUGUGGAGUCCAUCAACAGAGCCAUGCAAAAACCGAAUGAAGAGUACAGUGUGGGCGUACUAGACAUUUAUGGCUUCGAAAUAUUCCAGAGAAACGGCUUCGAACAAUUCUGCAUUAACUUUGUGAAUGAGAAACUUCAACAGAUCUUCAUCGAGCUUACCCUCAAAGCAGAGCAGGAAGAAUAUGUGCAAGAAGGCAUCAAGUGGACUCCUAUUGAGUAUUUUAACAACAAGAUUGUCUGUGACCUCAUUGAAAACAAAGUGAACCCUCCUGGAAUCAUGAGUGUUUUGGACGACGUGUGCGCCACAAUGCAUGCCAAGGGCGAGGGGGCAGACCAGACGCUCCUGCAGAAGCUCCAGUCAGCCGUGGGAACCCACGAGCAUUUCAAUGGCUCCAACUCUGGAUUUGUCAUCCACCAUUAUGCUGGCAAGGUAUCCUAUGAUGCCAGUGGGUUUUGUGAGAGGAAUCGGGAUGUGCUUUUCACCGAUCUGAUAGAGCUGAUGCAAAGCAGUGAAUUUGGCUUCAUUCGAAUGUUGUUCCCCGAAAAACUCGAUGCCGACAAAAAAGGACGUCCCACCACAGCCAGUUCCAAAAUCAAAAAACAGGCCAAUGAUCUUGUAAAUACCCUGAUGAAGUGCACGCCCCAUUACAUCCGCUGCAUUAAACCCAACGAAACCAAGAGGCCUAGAGACUGGGAAGAGAGCCGGGUGAAGCACCAAGUAGAAUAUCUGGGGUUGAAAGAGAAUAUCCGUGUUCGCAGAGCUGGCUUUGCCUAUCGCAGGCUGUUUCAGAAAUUCCUGCAACGGUAUGCCAUCCUGACCCCAGAGACAUGGCCCAGGUGGCGUGGAGAUGAGCGCCAAGGAGUCCAGCAUUUGUUGAAAUCCGUCAAUAUGGAUAUCGACCAGUACCAGAUGGGCCGCACCAAGGUUUUCGUCAAGAACCCUGAGUCGCUCUUCCUUCUAGAGGAGAUGCGGGAACGGAAGUUUGAUGGCUAUGCCCGAGUCAUCCAGAAAGCUUGGCGUCGGCACAUUGCUAUCCGGAAAUACGAACAGAUGCGAGAAGAAGCAUCCCACAUCCUGUACAACUUCAAAGAACGGCGGAGGAACAGCAUCAAUCGGAACUUUGUGGGCGAUUACCUGGGCAUGGAGGACAAGCCGGAGCUGCGUCAGUUCCUGGCCAAAAGGGAAAGAAUAGAUUUUGCUGACUCAGUCACCAAAUACGACCGGCGGUUUAAGCCUAUUAAACGUGAUUUCAUCUUAACGCCCAAAUACUUCUACCUGAUCGGCCGUGAGAAGGUAAAGAAAGGCCCCGAAAAGGGCCAGAUCCGGGAAGUGCUGAAGAAGAAGGUGGAAAUCCACGCUGUCCAUAGAGUGUCCCUCAGCACCAGGCAGGACGAUUUCUUUAUUCUUCACGAAGUAGAGGCCGACACUUUCCUGGAGUCCAUCUUCAAGACGGAACUCAUCAGCCUUCUUUGCAAGCGCUAUGAAGAGGCCACCCGUAGCAAACUGCAGCUCAGUUUUAAUGACACACUACAGUUCCGUGUGAAGAAGGAAGGCUGGGGUGGAGGGGGGACCCGAACAGUGACUUUUCUCGGUGGGCAGGGGAACGUGGCUCUCCUCAAAGCAGGAGGGAAAACUCUUUCCAUCAGCAUUGGAAGUGGACUCCCAAAGAACUCCAAACCCACCAAGAAAGGAAUCCAGCAAACCAAAGGCCACCAGAGGUACCCACCACCAUCUCGAGCUGUCCCACCAGCCCCAAGAGGGAGAACUGUCGCAGGACCUUGCAGGAACGGGGCCCCGCAGUUUCCCCGGAACAGUACCCGGGGGCAGGAUCAGAUGUAUACCACCCCGCAAAGGCAGGGGCCUCCAGCCACCGCCCUCCCCAAACAAGGCCAGACUCGGCGGUUGAAGGCAAGAGAACCUUUGGACCACAACCUGGACUUCCUCAAUGUUCCAGAUGAAGGGAUGGCUGGAGCUCAAAGGAAGAAAAGCAUUGGACAACGGCCACUUCCCGCUCGACCUAAACCACCUCCCGCUCGACCAGGUCCUCGCUGCCGAGCUUUAUACCAGUAUCUCGGGCAGGAUGUGGAUGAACUGAGCUUCAACGUAGGCGAAAUUAUAGACGUCUUGCUGGAAGAUGCCUCUGGCUGGUGGAAGGGUCGUCUCCAUGGGCGAGAAGGGCUCUUCCCUGGGAAUUAUGUACAGAAGAUCUGAGUAGAGCUAGCAGCCCGGAGGUGAGAUGAAGGCACCGAGUCCAUGAGAAUGUAUGAACUGCCCCCAGAAAAUGAACAAGAACUUGUCUUACUACAGGAGAGACUCAGUUUACAGGGCUGGAGGAAGAGAUCUCUCUUGGUAAUGGUUUCCAAAGCAGCAAAACUUAGCAAGGGCCAACAGCCUCUACUGUUUUCCUCCCUGCCCCCACUUCUUUUUCCAGUUGAGAUUACAAAGAAUGGGGAGAAAACUAACCCUAACUCACUCUAGCAUGUGUUUUGUUAGCUGCGUGGUGCUAUUUGGCAAAGGGAGGGGAUUUGUGGAAGUUUUUAAAUAACAGGAACCCCUCAGCACAGACCCACAGAU